CAAAAAAUAGCAUGAAUUGAUGGAAAAAGAAAACUAUGGUUCCAAGGGAUUGUCUUACCUAAAUUCACCAACUUUUAUUUCUUAGAAUUCACUUAGCUUUUAUCAAACCCACACCUACACUCAUCUUCCUUCCCUUUGUCAAUGGAAAACUUGAUAUCAAAACCUAAAGUCUCACACAAGGAAUUUAGACAGGCCUAAUAUUGACACCAUUUCUUUGUUGAAGACAUGUUUGUGAAGUAGAAGGAAGUUGAAAAGGGAAAAGUAAAAGGAAAGGACAAGAAUUAAGAAAAAAGAAAAAGAAGAGAGAGAGAGAGGAUAAAUGAGAUAUAACAAUUUCUUACCUCCUCCCACUUUCCUUCCCUUUGCAUCAAAGCCCCUAAUUUAGCUUUCUUUUUCUUCUGCCCUGCAUCUCCAAUCAAACUCUCUUUCUACCCCAUAAACACAUGAAAAAAGAGAAAAUAGAGGUACCUGCAAGAUCUACAAGUGGUAGAGGAAAAUGGGUUCAGUAGGAAACUCAAAUCAAUGGCAGCCAUAUGCUUACAAAGACUGUUCUUUAGAGAUUUGCAGCAUAUAUUGUCCUCAAUGGUGUUACAUCAUCUUUCCACCACCUCCACCUUUUGGCUAUGGCAGCAAUGGAGAUUCUGCCACUGAUUUCUCUCCUCUUAUCAUUGCUAUCAUUGGUAUUUUGGCUAGUGCCUUCAUUUUGGUAAGCUAUUACACCAUCAUCUCCAAGUACUGCAGGAACAGAGCUUCCACCAGCAACGACGCCAUGGAAAUGGAGGAUGAAGAAAAUCUUUCCCAAAUCCGUCAUGAAAACCAGCUCCAAGCUCCUCCUCUUCCUCCUCCUGGCUUGGAUGAAGCUCUCAUCAAGUCCAUCACAGUCUGCAAGUACAAAAGAGGAGAUGGGUUAGUUGAAGGCACUGAUUGCUCAGUUUGCUUGAGUGAGUUUGAAGAAAAUGAGAGCUUAAGAUUGCUCCCAAAGUGUAGCCAUGCCUUUCAUCUUCCUUGCAUCGACACAUGGCUUAAAUCUCACUCAACUUGCCCUCUUUGCCGCUCCAAUAUUUCACCAACAAAUCUUUUCUCAACCGCAACUCAAGAAAUUCAAACACAACAUUUUGUUUCAUCUGCUUUUCAGUAUCAGCAUCAGCACAGAACUAAUGACACAGUACUUGUCGUAGUGGUUCAAGAUUUGGAUGAUUUAACAGUAGUGAGGCAAGAAACUGUUGUUUCUAGGCUUGAAAAUGAUGAUGCUUCUUCCAAGAAUCAAAGGGAAGGAUAUGCAUCAGAGAGUCAAAAUUCAGGGGAAAGAGAAAGAAUGAAUCAAGUUAGACAGGAAUAUGAUGUUGUGGAUGGUGUUGUUCAGCCAUUUAGAAGGUCAGUUUCUUUGAAUUCUUUAUCAUGGCAAGGGCCGGUUUCUGUUGCUGAUAUAUUGAGAGUCAGUCAGGAUAGUGAGGAAGAGGUAGAGGAAGAUGAAUUGCAGCAAAUGGGGAUUGGAUCUUCAAAAGUAUUUGUUCAAGAGCAAUCCCAUUCCAAUCACAGAACUGGGGUUUCCAACUUGGGAAUGAAUAGAUCUAUUUCAACUGGGAAACUGGGUUUUACAAAUUAUGGGAAAGGAAAGAGUUGCAUCAUUCCCAGUUGAAAGUAGAUUUACAAACUGUACAAAAUUUGAAAAAUUUUCACUCUUACAUCUGUAAUAUAUUGGUGAAAUCAAAGAAGAAAACCCAGAUUCAUACAAGAUUAGCAGACUAGAUGGACUUAAUUCGAAUGCACAUUUUACAA